GCAGUAGGGGGCCGCAUUUACAGCAGCAGCGAUAGACCGCUGCCCCCCUGUGAUGGACGACAAGGCAGAAAAAUUCAAGGGUCAGGAGGAUGGCAGCAAGGACUCGCCUGAAGUGCUACGUUCCAGCUUAUUCGAGCCGAAGUCGGUGGCGCAGAUGCAGGAGGAAUACAGGAUUUCUCAGCCAUACCGUCACUUGGUCAUCCCUGAUCUCAUGGACAGCGAUGUUCUCAAGACAGCUUGCGAAGAACUCAAGAGCAACAUGCAGGCCACGCUGAAGGAAACCGACAUUUUUAAGGUAUACCAAACGGGCGAUCUUGCCAACAUGGAUGGUCUUCCGGAGGACUCGAAACGCCUCCUUCCGUCCCUAUUCGCGAUAAGGGACGGUCUCUACUCGCUCGAGUUCCGCCGGCUGGUGCAAUCCCUGACGGGAUCCGGGCCCUUGAGCGGGCAGCAGAUCGACCUGUCCGCCAACGCUUUCGGCCACACCGGACACCUGCUGUGCCACGAUGAUGUGAUCGGCACCAGGAAGGCAUGUAUUUCUUACAUCCUCUACCUCGUGGACGAAGAUUGGGGGUCUUCGGGAGACAAGCCCGACGGCGGAGGCCUCCAGCUGUACCCUCUGGACAAGGAGGGGGUGCCCGGGAUCCCCGCCUUUGCGCCGAGCAAGACCAUACCACCGAGAUGGAACCAGAUGGUUCUCUUCGCCGUACAGCCCGGGAGGAGCUUCCACGACGUGCAGGAGGUGUACAACGAGAACAAGCCCCGCCUCGCUGUAUCCGGCUGGUUUCACAGUGCUCUCAAGACUGAGAUGGCCGAUUGGCCGGGACACACUUUCGAGCCCGUAAAGGGCAACAGCGACGCCGAAGGCAAUAGCGGGGAGGCGGCGGCGUCAACGCUGGAGCAGCUCAAGGGCGCGGCACGGGGGGGGGGGCAGAGCGGCGAUGGUGGGAAGGGCGGGGAUGGUGGUUCAUCGACGGGCGACGCCUUCACGGAUGAUUUCGUGGGAACAGAUGACUUGCAAGAGUUGUCGGAGUGGGUGAACCCGGAGUACCUUGUGCCUGCGAUGGUGGACCAAUGUGCAGCCGCGUUCAACGAAAACGGGUCUACCAUACAGCUCCACAGAUUCCUCAAGGACGAUGUCGCGCAGAGUAUCGUCGACGCCGCGAUCGCGGCGGACCGACGCGACGGUCUCGGGUACAUGGAGGCGUCGCCCUUCGACGCGGGGGUGCGGGGGGGUUGGAGGAAGGCGGGCCCGCCCCACCGACAACGGAUGUUGCGCCUCUCCGCCGCCAAAGAGCCAGGCUCAGCCGAUGGACAGAAAGCAGGAGACAGUGAUGAUGAUGAUGAAAUAGGUGCCCUGCUCAGGACUCUCAGAGACAAGCUCUUCCGGAGCGGAGCCUUCAAGAGCCUUCUUCAGAAGCUCCUUGGCGAUUCCCCGGUUGUGGCAUCUCGACGGCAAGCCCGCCGCUUCAGACCCGGCCUCGACUACACGCUAGCAACCCCCGGGGCGCCGUGGGAGUGGAAAAAGCGCGAUGGUGGUGGUGGUCGUGGUGGUGAUGUUGCGGACAACGGGCAGGAGGGAGGGUCCCAGGGGGAGGAGUACAUGGUGCUGGACGCGACGCUGUGUUUCGUGGACGAUCGGGAGCCGUACAAGGAGGCGGCGUGGAGGCAGGACGAGGUCGGGGGCUACGUUACCUACCUUGGCGGAGACGACGACGAGGAAGAGGGAGAAAAGAAAGACAGUCGAAUCGAUAAGGACAACGGCACGGCAGAUCCCGGCGAAGGUGUCGUCGCCGGAGGUGGGGGGAGGGGGCAAAAGAACGACGCCGCGGUGUACAAGGCGGACGAGGGCGGCUCUCUGAUAUCGGUGUCCGCGGCGUCGAACGCCUUGAGCCUGGUGCUGAGAGACGACGAGGCGAUCACGAGCUUCGUGAAGUACGUGAGUUCCGCCGCCCCCGGCAGCCGUUACGACGUCGUGGGCGAGUAUCUCGUCGCGUGCACCGGCGAAGAAGACGGCGCCGAAGACAGCAGUAGCAGCGAGGGUAGUUUUGGCGCCCCGGGGGGAGUGUUGGAUACGGUGCCGGAAGGGCACAGCGGAGAAGAGGAGGAGGAUGAGGAGGAUAAGGAAGAAGAGGAGGAGGAAGAGGUGGCGGAGCGAAGCCGGAAAAAAAUAAAGGCUUCGAUCGAUGCGUAGGAGUUCGCAUGGGGCCAGACGCGCGUGAGGUAUUGCAUUUGUCGACGCAGUUUUGUUUGUUUUUCCCCAUGUGAAUGGGGAAUACCCUCGCUUGACCGCGAUAUUAUGGGGCCCCGAGUACAUGCUGGCUGCAGAGGAUCUCGUUUCAAUGGGACGUAGAGAGCAUUGAGAGUGCCGUUUGAAAGUUUUCACGUCCGUGGGAGUUGCAACCUUUUUUUCACAUUCCUUGUCUCCGUAAAUAGCCCUCCCUCGCGCGAUGAGGACACUUGCGGAGACCGCCCAAGUGCCGUAGUGGCGGCCACCAAGUGGUAUGUGUGUUACCAUGUGUCAGAGAGGAUACUGCCCGGAACCAAGUGGGAAUCUACCCAAGA